CCUCUGCUUGGUCACUGUGUUAGUCAGUCAGUCAGUCAGUGUGUGUGUGUGGAGAUCUGACUGUUACCACUACUACUACUACUACUACUACUACUACUACUACUACUACUACUGUCUGUCUCUGCUAGUUGUGUGUGCUCAGUGUCGGUUUUCCUUCAGUGUUUUCAAGCGUACACACACACACACACACACACACACACACACACACACACCGGUUUUGUCCAAGUGUGUGUGUUUAGAAAAGGAAACUAUAUUAAGAUUGUGUGAUUUUGGGUGUGUGUGACCUCUUCUCUCUCUCUCUCUCUCUCUCUCUCUCUCUCUCUGAAGAGGAAUUGAUUUGCUCGGAAUCGUCAAUUAAAAACGAACAAGAUGGAAGGCGGUAUGGUUGACCCAGGCUUCCCCGUCCAGACCACUACCACCACCACCACCACCACGGCCGCCACCACCACCAUCUACUUCGACAAAGCCUAUAUCAACCCACGCAACAUCCCGGCCAUACUUAAGAUUGCGGUGAUGGUGACAAACUUGAUCGGGUACCUGUGUUCGGCUUUCUCCACCUUCAACUACUAUUCCCAUUCCGAGUGGUUCUGCUUCGUCUCCAUGACCGGGUUCUGGGCCACGGGCAUUCUCCUCAUUCUGUAUGUGCUCCAUGUGGUUGAGAAAUUCCAAAGAGUUCCCUGGCUGAAGGUGGAACUUGGGUAUUGCACGCUCUGGGCUCUCCUCUAUCUCAUUGCUGCGUCCGUCUGCAUAUGGCGCGGCGGGGCGGACACGGCAGCCGGGUUCUUUGGCUACGUUUCCCUUGUCAUCUACGCCGUCGACGCCUUCUUCAAGUUCAAGGCCUGGCGCAGCGGGGAGGUGGCCCAGGGGGAGAGGCAGAUGGAGGCACAACCCGAGUUAGCUUCCCCCGGGGCCUACUAAAGGAAAGGAAGACGAAGAUAAAGGGCUGGAAGAGUGGAUUUGAUGGUGAGGCGAUUGUCUUUUGUUUAUUAUAAUUGUUAGUGUUUGGAGAGGGUGGGGGCUGAUGUUGUCUGGUUCUGUGGCGUUAGAGGUGAAGAUGAGGGGAUGGAGGAGUGGAUUUGUUUACUAUAAUUGUUGGUGUUUGGAGAGGGCGGGGGCUGAUGUUGUCUGGUUCUGUGGUGUUAGAGGUGAAGAUGAAGGGAUGGAAGAGUGGAUUUGAUGGUGAGGUGAUUGUCUUUUGUAUACUAUUAAGUGUUGGUGUUUGGAGAGGGCGGGGGCUGAUGUUGUCUGGUUCGGUGGCGUUUGAGAUUGCUUUUGUGUGUGUGUGUGUGUUUGGGUGAGGAAAAAUAAGAAGGAAAGGAAGAAAGGAAGGAAGGCAAAGAUUAUGAUUGUGUUGGUUAAGGAGAGAGAGAAAGGAGAGAAGGAAGGAAGGAAGGGAGAAAAGGAAAGAGGGAAAAGAAGGUGAUUGUCAUUUGUUUUGAAUCUGAUGUUCGAGUCACUUCCAGAUUAUUGAAAAAAGUCUGUUUGUGUUGGUAUUGUAUGAGGUUGUUUGUCUGUGUGUGUAUGUAUGUGUUUGGGUGAAUAAAGAGAGAGAGAGAGGAAGGAAGAGAAGAAAAGGAGGAAAAGAAGAAAGGAAGGAAAAGGAGAGAAGGAAGGAAAAAUAAGUCAGUCGUUUGCUUUGAUUCUGAAAUUCGAAUAAGUGAAAGAAGGAAUGAAAGGAAUGAAAAAAUAAAGUUUGAGAAGGUGUUUGUCAUCUAUAAAGUGUUUGGACAAGCUCAUAUAUGUGUGUUUUGUGUUUGUAAGAGUUUUUUUUUGUGUGUGUUAAGGAAAGAGGAAAAGAAAGAGGGAAGGAAGGGAGGAGGCGUUUGUCAUUUUAAAAAGCUUCUGUUUGUUUUAGUAAUGCCAGAAAAUGCAUGUGUUUAGCAUAUAUCUGUUUGAUAAGAGAGAGAAAACGAAAGAGGAAAGAAAGAAGAGAAAGAAAGAAAGAAAGGAAGGAAGAAAAAGAAAUCGUGUGUUCAACAGACAUGUUUGUUUUAAGAGAAAAUCGAAGGGAAUGAGGAAAGAAAGAAAGAAAGAAAGAAAGAAAGAAAGAUUAAGAUAUUUGUUUAAGUAAUGCCAGAAAUUAUGUGAGUGUUUAGCUUAUAUAUAUUUGCUAAAGAGAGAAAAGGAAGGAAGGCAGGACGGAAGGUUAGCUAUCGAGGGUUGUCUUAAAGCUUCAAUUCUGUGAUUCGAAGCAGUUUCAAAAUUGUGUACCUAAAAAAAGACAAAAUUGAUAACCUCAGUCCCGUGUGUGUGUGUGUGUGUGUUGCUAAGGAGAGUGUUUGUCUUUUGUUUACUACAAGUGUUGGUGUUUGGAGAGGUCGGGGGCUGAUGUUGUCUGGUUCGGUGGCGUUAGAGGUGAAGUCUAAUUGGUAAGGUUUAAUUCAUGUUAUUUCGUUUUAAUCUAUUCCGGAGUUGAAAAAAUAAUAUUGACAUUUUUUUUUUUUUUUGGUAGUGUAAGAAAGCGUGCUUGUAUUGUUAUAAUUUUUUGCACUUUUUAUCACUUCUGUUAUCAUUAUUAUUUUUGUGAAGGCGUUUGAAUUAUGUAUGUGAAAUGUUAAGGAAAUUUAUUUUCAUAGGAACAACGAAGAAUAAUUGAAUUUCAAUAGUAUGCGUUUAAAGAUGUCAAAGGAAAUGGAUUAAAAUUGUCCACGGGGGAAAUUCGAGUAGGCUAAGGUUUUCAAAUUAAUUCCAAGCUCUUCGUUACUUCAUUUAUACUAAUUAAUAAUGCUUCGAAAUGUUUAAUCAGUUACCUGCAUCUUUUUUUCUUCUUUAAGUUUGUAUUAGUUGUCGUUAGUCGCCCAUUUUUUUUUU